CUCUAUAUCUUCUUCAAAGAAAAAAGAAAACCUUACAAUUUCUUCAUCUUUCUACUAAAAGACUUCAUCAAUGUCUACCACAUUUUCACCGAUCUUUUGCUCCACCGCACCAGCGAACUCCAGAAAACCUGAUCCGUUUCGAAAAUCGGCGGCGGGUACCAAUUCGAACAACUGGUGGACGCCGAUCUUCGGGUGGUCUUCGGAACCCGAUUACAUGAAGGGAUCUGGUACUAGUUCUUCCAAGAACGAAGAUUCGGGCCAGAUCGAGAACGACAUGGGAAGAUCCAGACCCGAAAAGUUAUUCCGGGGUUGUUUCACGGCAGAGAAGGCGAAGGAGCUAAGGAAGAAGACCAUUGAGACCUCGACUUUUCACGAUAUUAUGUAUCAUUCUGCAAUCGCCUCCAGGCUUGCGUCCGAUGUUUCAGACCGUUGAUUUUCCGGUGAAGCCUACCGAUAAUCAAUCCGUCGACCAAAAAUCGUUUCACAUAAAUAUGUGACCCUGUAUUUCUUUUCUUUUUAAUUGUUAGAAAUAAGAUUGUGUUUGGCUGUAAUUAAAGACGCUUAUUUUGAACUGUUGGUAGGUAUGCUUGAUCAAUGAUCAAUGUAUUGUUAGUUAAUGAAUCUGGAUUAUUAAUGUGAUUGCCUCUUAUGCA